GCUUUAACUCUUAUAUAAUCAUUGUUUGCUUCGUAGUGUUUGCAGCAGCAGCCUACAGUCAGUAGAGUAAUCUUAAGUUUUCAUUUAUUUUUGAAUAUUAUUGUAUUCAGUGUUAUUUUUGGGUUGGUCUCUUUGGAAUCUUGCUUCCAUUUAGAGCUUGGAUAUACCCCAUUUAUUGUGCUUCUACAGAUUUAUACAUCUAUAGAAGUCAUCCCAGCCUCGAGAAUUAAAUGUAGAUUUUAUAUAUGUAGGAUGUGGUUGGUGUUUAGGCUUCUUCCGCACUGUAAGUCUUUAAAAGAGUAAACACUUGAGGAAGUUGGAACUCUAUAGUACUUAUCUAAAAAGUUCCGUAUUAAAGUCGAACAUUUCCUCCGCGGGUAUUAUUGAAUUUUGUCGGAUACAGAAAAUCCAGCUGUUUCUAUUUGUCGCAAACUAGAUUUGUGCUGCCGUUUCAUUUCCUUUCCUACUUCCUACUUCAGUCGACAAUCAGCAUCCAUCUGUCUUUGUCACGUGUUCAUACAUGCAUAUAGUCGUACACGUGUAUACAAAUCUGAGUGUGUUUAUAUAUCCCAAGGGAGAGAGAAUGAAUUAAUUAUAAAUUGUGAUAAAGAGUGAGAGAACAACAGAAAGAGGAGAAAGAGUGAAUAACCAAAAGAGGAGAGGAUAAUGGCAAUUUUAGACAUAAGGCAGCUGGUUGCUGGUAUGCUGACAUUUUCGAUGUUCAUAAUGCUUGGCAAUAUGAUUAAGAAAGAUCAUUUUGAUUCAGCUAUUGUGGAUGACCUUAAUUUCGCUAAUAUGGCUGGGUCUAGAUCUUCCUCAGAUAGGAGCCUACGAGAUGCUCUUUAUCAAUGGGAAGCAUGGAAAGAUAAUGUGGAAACAGGGGAACCUUGCUGGAACAAAUCAGUGCAAGAAAGGUGGAAUCAACCAAAAGGAUAUAUUACAUUUUCCUUAACUGGUGGCACCCAUCUUCAUUUUUCACAGGUUGCCAAUGCAGUUCUGAUUGCGAAACAAGUGAAGGCUACUCUUGUGCUAACUGAUCUAGGAGGAAAAAACGCGGGAGAGAAGAGGGACUUUGGUGAUGUGUACGAUGUCCAUAAAUUUAUGUCAAGCCUCAACGGUACAGUUAAUAUCGCAUACCAUCAGCCUCCUGAGUUAUCAGCCAAAAAGCUUCCUAUAGCAAGGAUUCCUAGUGUAAUUUCUGAAGGCUAUGUAACAGCAAAUAUUGAGCCGAUAUUUAAGAGGAAGGGUUAUCUGAAGAUCGAAACAUACUUUCCCACCCCUUACAUGACAAAGGUAGACGGCAUGAACAAUAUGAACUCAGUUUCAUGUAUGGUUGCUUUUGAGGCUCUCCAGUUGCAAGCUGGUUUGAAAGAAUUUAUUGACUCGGUGCUUGAAAAGCUUCAUACUUUGAGUCAAGAGUCACAUGGUCGAUUCAUUGCGGUUGACUGGAGAGCAGAGAUGCUGGGGACAAAAAGGUGUCAGGGGACUACAGCGACUGAGAAGAAAAAUUGUUUUAGUGCGCAGGAAAUUGGCCAGUUUCUGAAUAAGAUUGGUUUUGAAAAAAAUACCACAAUAUAUUUGACACAAGAUGGGUGGCACAACAGUUUAGAUGCCUUGACAAAUAUUUUCCCCAACACAUAUACAAAGGAAAGCUUGAUUCCUUUGGACAAGGCGAGAAAGUUCUCCGAUUUCACCAAUGUGAUUGAUUUUUAUGUAUGUAGUCAGAGCGACGUAUUUGUACCAGCGUUCUCAAAACUUUUCUAUUCCAGUGUUGUUGGGCAGCGAAUAGCACUGCAGAAGCUUCAAAUUUUGGAUCCUGCUCAGGCCACAUCUGCAGAUGCUAAGGACUACAUAUCUUCCUACAUAUCCCAAAAAAACCAUUGGGCAUAUUCGUGCUUCUGUUGAGUCUAUUGCCAAGGAUGGAAAGAACUUGGCACUUUAUCUUUCAAAAUGUAAAUGUGCAAGUCAAUAAGAUGCCUCAACUGCUCUCUUUGUAUUACUAGUGUGCUUUAUGUAUGUCCUUCCGUGUAGUAUUGAAGACAUUGGGGUGUAAGUUGAUGACUUCUAGCUCUUUCUGGCUUUUACUCUUCUGAAUAAAUUUUUAGUGUGCUAAAUGUAUUAAAAAGUAUUCAGGAAACAGAAACACAGCCUGAUUUCAAAAUAUACGUGCAUGUUGCCGGUACAAUUUAUUCGGCAGAAACACAA